CUUACCCGAAGCCUUUUCCUCCACUUACUUACCCACUCAAGUAUAGCCGGGCGCCUUAAUGCUCUAGGUAGCAAGUUAAACUAUUAGGCCAAUGGUAUUACAAAAGCUUGGUGUUGUACCACUCGCUGGCGAACUGUCAGCGGGUUGGCGCUUAGUUGGGUCUUGAUCGACAUCAAGGAUAUCGAUGAAGCUCAUCUCCUCUCUUCGACAGGUAAGCUCGCAGCUCCCCAUAUUCCCAACAGCUACGCGUUCCGAUAUGUUCAUCUCGCUUCUUCUCUCGCGUACCUCGGAGCUACAGAGCAACGGGAUUAUUCCGUUUGGUGUUCUUUCAGAAGUUUCGCGUCCCCCCCUUUUUCUUCAUCUGCCGGAUAUUCCACCCGCGAAAGCUCAGCAUUCGACGCGAAGCAGAGUUCUAGCAUCUAUAGCCUUCUUCUACGUUGCUCAAGCCUUUUUAUGUGCGUCAAGACUAACUUGCAUUCAACCUUGGUUAUCCGUAUUUGUUCGCUUCCCAUUUCCAGAUUGGGGGCGGCUGCUAUCGAAUAAUUUGUCAGACAUGCCUCUUUCUACCAUUAGGCCAACCAUUUCCAACGAUGCUAAUUUUAUGUCGUGGUCGUUCGAGGCCUCUAUGCAAGCAGACUGCCCGUAUGGUUCUAAAAGGGUUAAAGUAAGAGUUGGUAUAUCUAUACUCCCAUCGUCCAACGAGAAGGAUCAUGCUUGAAGCACAUGGCGCGCGUAUACGUGGCUGGUCCGGAGGCUAGGUACUUAGUCCUUGGAAAGAUCAAGCCGACGUAUCCUAUUAUGGAUUAAAAAUAUGGCGAUAAUCCUUGGGCAAGCA